AGUUAUGGCAAUGUCAUUUUUCCUUUUCCUUUUUGCAUCUUUUUGGGUGUCUGGACUGCAACUCAACCAGACAGACAAAGUUGUGGUCAGAGCGUUCACUGGGCAGAAUGUUAUGUUAGAAUGCUCGUCUGGAAACACCAAAAUGACAGACAGCAUCGGAGUCUGCUGGAACAAGACUGAUCUGGAACAACAGAAAUAUGUCCUGUUUCACAAAAACGACCAGUCAGACAUCACUCACCAGGAUCCACGCUUCAAGGACCGAGUGGCACUGGCUCAUCCUGAUUUCAAGAACAACAACCUCUCUCUCAUCCUCCAAAAUGUGAGUGUUAACGACAGCGGAGAGUUCGAGUGCAGAUUGAUCAAGGCCCCAGAAAUGUUCAACGUGGCGCCAAUCCAACGCAUCCAGCUGAUCGUCAUAGAGCCAGAGAUGCUAAAGAACCAUGGAUCAGACAACAAGAACCUUGGAGUGAUGUAUUAUCUGCUGAUUGCUGCUGUGGUCUCUGGUGCCUUUCUUCAUUCUCCUUUUUAA